UGGGAUCUGGGUGGUUCUCGUGCCCUGCACUCCCCUCUCCCUGCCCAGAGGGUGGGCUGCCAAGGAAGGAUUUGCCAAAAUGAAGUGAAGGCCCCUUCUGUCUGGAAUGUCUCCCAAGCCCAGCUCCCUUCCUGCCUUGUCAGUUCUCUGAGGGGCGGUGGCUCCUGAGGAACUGGUGUCCAGGGAGAGAGCUGAGUUGUUGGUGCCCAUCUGGGCCAGGAGAAGGCCAGAGCCUGGUGGUCAUACGGGUGAAAACACAUCAGCCUGGCUGUGUACCUGGGCCGGCGAGCCGGAAGCCAGGCCCAUCCCCUGGUGACCGCUGACCCUUUCGUUCCCUCCCCUUGCCAAGCCGCAGGCCUGAGCCGGCGUGAUGCUGAACACCAUGACCUUCCAGGGCUUUCCGCACCAGCAGCCUGCACCAGGGGCCCCUGACUUCCCCGGAAGCCCCCAGAAGUUGCCCUUCACCUCGGAGGCAGAGUCAGAAGCCUGCCUGUCGGAGGCCUCCUCCGAGGACCUGGUGCCACCCCUGGAGGCCGAGGAAGCCCCAGAUAGGGUUGCAGAAGAGGCCGCGAAGAAGAAGAAGAAGUCGAAAGGCCUGGCCAGCAUGUUUAGCGUCUUCACCAAAGGGAGGAGGAAGAAGGGUCAGCCCAGCUCAGCAGAGACAGAGGGCGGCUCUGAGUCCCAGUCCCAGCCGGCUGGCCGGCUGCCCACAGUGGAGGAGCUCAAGGCCGACCUGGAGCGCGGGCGGCUGGAGGCGGCGGGGCCGCUGCUGGCGCUGGAGCGGGAGCUGCAGGCGGCGACGGCGGCGGGCGGCAUGAGCGAGGAGGAGCUGCUGCGGCGCCAGAGCAAGGUGGAGGCGCUGUACGUGCUGCUGCGCGACCAGGUCCUCGGCCUGCUGCGCCGGCCGCUGGAGGCGGCGCCGGAGCGGCUGCGCCAGGCGCUGACCGUGCUGGCCGAGCAGGAGCGCGAGGACCGCGCGGCGGCGGCGGCGGCGGCGGCGGCGGGGCCCGGGCCCUCGGCGCUGGCGGCCACGCGGCCCCGGCGCUGGCUGCAGCUGUGGCGGCGCGGCGUGGCGCAGGCGGCCGAGGAGCGCCUGGGCGAGCGGCCGGCCGCGGCUGCCGAGGGCCGCACGGAGGCCGAGCGCGCCUUCCUGCACAUGGGCCGCACCAUGAAGGAGGACCUGGAGGCCGUGGUGGAGCGGCUGAAGCCGCUGUUCCCCGCCGAGUUCGCCGUGGUGGCGGCCUACGCCGAGAGCUACCACGAGCACUUCGCCGCGCAGCUGGCGGACCUGGCACAGUUCGAGCUGAGCGAACGCGACACCUACGUGCUACUGCUCUGGGUGCAGAACCUCUACCCCAAUGACGUCAUCAACAGCCCCAGGCUGGCGGGCGAGCUGCAAGGAGUCAGGCUGGGGAGCCUCCUGCCCAGCAAGCAGAUCCAGCUGCUGGAGGCCACGUUCCUCUACAAUGAGGUGGCCAGCGUGAAGGAGCUGAUGGCCCGCGCCCUGGAGCUGGAGUCGCGGUGCUGGACCCAGGAUGUGGCUCCCCAGAGGCUGGACGGCCGCUGCCACAGUGAGCUGGCCAUCGACGUCAUCCAGAUCAUCUCCCAGGGCCAGGCCAAGGCCGAGAGCAUCACCCUUGACCUAGGCUCGCAGAUAAAGCACAUGCUGUUGGUGGAGCUAGCUGCGUUCCUCAAGAGCUACCAGCGUGCCUUUGACGAAUUUCUGGAGAGGUGCAAACAGCUGAGAAAUUACAGGGCCACUGUCAUCGCCAACAUCAACAACUGCCUCUCCUUUCGGAUGUUCGUGGACCAGAAGUGGCAGAUACCACAGGACCUCCAGAGCCACCUGCUGAGCCCCCUGAAUGAGCUCAAGAGUCACGGCAUUGACACCCUGCUCCAGAAGCUGUUUGGGGUCCUGAAGCCGCUGUUCAAGAGGUUCACACAGACCCGCUGGGCGGCCCCCACGGAGACCCUGGAGGAAAUUAUCUCCGCAGUGGGCGAGAGGCUGCCCGAGUUCUCUGAACUGCAGGACUGUUUCCGGGAGGAGCUCAUGGAGGCUGUACACCUGCACCUGGUGAAGGAGUACAUCAUCCGCCUCAGCAAGUGGCGCCUGGUCCUCAAGACGCCGGCACAGCAGCAGCGGCUGGCGGAGCACAUCCUGGCCAACGCGGAGCUCAUCCAGCGCUUCUGCACUCAGAACGGCUCCCCGGCAACCUGGCUGCAUCGUGCCCUCCCCACGCUCGCAGAGAUUAUUCGCCUGCAAGACCCCAGUGCCAUCAAGAUCGAGGUGGCCACGUAUGCCACCUGGUACCCCGACUUCAGGCCGGUUAGCUAUUUCUGCGGCCUGACCUGCUCGUGAGCUCCUGGAGGGCGUCGGAUGCCACCGCGUUCGGGGGCCGUUCAGACCAGCACCAGCUUCACAGCCCCACACGGCCUCUCACGGGCGUCCUGUGUUCUGCUGCUGCUUCUGACCAGCCCCGGCCUGGGCUCAGCUCCCUGGGCCGCGGGAACUGGACCGGCUCUGGCUUGUUUACCCCUCCCGUGGGGGGGAGCUAUGGGGACCCCAGGAGGCCACGCGUGAGAAGUUCCCUGUAGAAGACAGUGGGUCUUGCAUGCUCUGAAGGAGGGGGCCAGGAGGGGGAGUGGCCCGGGGACAGAGCUCCGGAGUCACCGCCUGUCUGUGGGGUCCUUCCACAGGCUGCCUCCGAAUUGCCCUCCUCAGCCUGGGUCUCGGCGCCUCCCCAGCUCCUGGGUGGGGGCCUGAGCCUCACCCCUCCUGCCUUCUCUGGUCCAGGGCUGUGUUGAGCUGGGCUCAGCCAGGGCGUGGAAUGGAAGGCAGAGCUGGAGGCGAAAAAAGGGAAAGAUGAGCUCUCAUCUGGGACCUGGAAAGGGGCCUGUGGGGUCACGUGGCAAAGCUGGGGGCAGAGCUGGCAUCAGAGCCCCUGCAGCUCAGCCCCUGGCCCUUCCCUGCUUCCCCACGGGCUUCCCCUGAGGGUGGGUCCAGGAGGAGCAAGGACCUCCUGGGUUUUCUCGGCCUCCGCCUUCCCCCACACGGAGACAGGCCCAGGGGUGCCUCCGCGGGUCCUCCCCUGGAAGUCAGGCUGAGGUCUGGGCAGGGCAAGCUUGACCUCUGACUCCUUGGCCUCUGGAUUAGUUUCCUAUUGCCACUUCAACAAACUUCCACAAGCUUAGUAGCUUAAAACAAGAACUGUCUUUCAGCUGUGGAGGUCAGAAGUCUGACAUGGGUCUAGUGGGCUAAAGCUAAGGUGUCAGCGGGGCUGGUUGCUUCUGGAUGCUCUGGCGGGGCAUUUCCUUGCCCUUUCCAGUUUUUAGAGGCCAGCCUCCCCUAUUUCUUGGCUACUGGCCCCCUUUCAUCUCCAAAACCAGCAAUGGCCAGUCCAGUCGAUCUCUUUUUCACGUCUCAGCACCCGUCUCCUGCCUCCACCUUCCUUCCUUAAGGACCCCAGUGAUGACCUUUGACCCACCCAAUGACCUUUGACCUACCCAGACAAUCCAGGAUCCUUUUCUGCUGUUAAGUUCAGCUGAUUAGCAACCUUAAUUCCACCUGACCCCUUAACUCCUCUUUGCCUUGGAACCUGAUGCAGUCACAGCUCCAGGGAUGAGGACGUGGGCAUCUUUGGGGGGGUAUUAUUUUGCCCACCACAGCCUCCACCCAUCCCCUGCCCUGUGGGAUGCCUUGUCCCACCCCAGGAAAACAUGGGUUCAGUUACCCUCCUGGGCCUCUGCUUACCCCAGAGGCUCUCGGCAGUCAGACUUAGGCCCGACUCCACCUCGCCUGCGCCGCUGGGCACGCCGUGACAGGGUUUGCAGCCAGCUCUCUUGGGUUUGCGCUCCCUCUUUCCAGGUACUGUGGCCAGAAACUGGCCCAUGUAAAUGGUGCACAAAGGCCUUUGUACAUUUGUAGGAGUUAGCAUGUUUGAUGUUAUUAUUUUUGAUAGUACUGCUUUUGUAUGUGUUUUUUUAUAACAUGAUCUUGGUUUUUAUAGCUUGAUAUAAAGCUGAUUUCAGAAGUGGCUGUGGAGUGAUUUAUUUUGGGAGCAAGGACGGGCCACGAGUGGCUUUCUCAGCCUCUUGGGGUCUGGCAGACCCUGUGCCUCCAAGUUCUGUGUCAAAUACCCAAUGAGUCCAGCCCCCCAGCGCCUCCUGCCCCCUUCUUACCUGUGAGCGUGAGCUUUGGGAGGGUCUGCUGCGGGGCAAGGCCCAGGCCCGUCACCUCACCCUUCAGUUUCCUCACCUGUAAACGGUGAUCAUGAC